AGCACUGGAAAAUGUUCUCAAAAGUUAUACAUUCCUGUUCGGCCGUGUCUGAAGUUCUUAAUCGCUGUAGUGGUAUAGCUUCGAUUCGCUUAGUAUUUCGCCUGAUGUCUUCAGAAGCCGAAAAAGACAUUUUAAAGUUCCUCAGGAAGCAUCAAAGUUUUACAACCUUUUCUCUGGGCUCUAACAGUGCUGCAAGUAUACAGUAUGUAGACACAAACCAACCAGGCCCCGCCGUUCUGCUGAUAACUGGAAUUAAGUCAGAAUUUUACGACUUUGGGGGAUUAAUCCAAGCACUAUCGAGAAAAGGUCUCAGAGUGCUGGCUCCUAAUCUUCCAGGUUUUGGGAGGAGUUUCAUACGUCCAUCAAGUUAUUUUCGCCAUAGUCCAGAAGAAGUUGCAAACGUUCUACGAAGAUUUUUGGUAUCCAUAAACGUUCCCAGAGUGGAUUUAAUGCUGGCUCACAGCGCGGGAAUAUUUCCUGCCCUAACUCUAAUAUCAGAUAAUCCCCAGUUCUUUCGUUCGAUGGUGUUGAUGUGUCCUCCUGGGUUGAGACCAUGGCGAGGAAUCAAACCUCUCUGGUUGUUUAGAGGAGGAUCAUACUGUUUUAGUAAACCGAUCUUGAAGUUAGCUGUGUUGCCGUUAUUUCGAUGGAUUCAUAAGAGAGUUAAAAUGGAAUGUUCGGAUGACACUGUGAAGGUCAACGUCCACACCAUUGGAAAUAUCGAUUUUUUAAAGGCGUCAAAGUGUGCUGAUGAUAUCGUUGCUAACAAUACGCCUGUAUUAUUAGCUUUUAGUACUAACGAUCCUUACAUCGAAAAAGCUGUGGUCUAUAGAACUGCUUGUCGAUGGGGAUUGAGAAAAGAAGACUUUUGGUGCUACGAUGACGACGGCAUAUUGAUAACUGAAGGAAAGAAUCCCUUGUCUGGCAACCAUCAAAACUACAUAGUAGGUCUAAGUUUCUCUCGGGGCCGCCACAGUAUUUUCCUUAAGUACCAAGAUAUUCUCGUGGAAGCCAUGAUGAAUAUGCUGAAUUAUGUGACUAUCCAAGAUGUUUCCCGUGAAAGCCCUGAGAAAUUCAAGGUUUUCACUAAGAUUUGAUCCAAUCCUUUAUAGCUUGGGUUUAAAUUGUAUACGAAAUAACAUUUUUAAGACGCCUGAUUACAGUGGAAUAAAAAUUGUUUAAAUUCUAGCAAACAUAGUUUAAAUUUCCAUCUCACUUAAUAGGUUGCUAUGAAUAAUUGGCCUCAAAAUAAAAUACACUUUACUAUCAAACUUAGUUUGUCGUUGUGUUUGUAAACUAAUUUGUUUUUAGUAUAACACUGUCAUGGAUUGAACGUAAAUAUACACUAGUCUUUUCUACAAGUCCUUUCGACGCGAAUCGCGUAGCUUGCUGUGUUUAGUUUAUUUGGU